CGGGUGCCGGAGCCUCUCCGCCGCUAGCCUGGGCCCCCCCUCGCUUCUCGGGCCCUCCUCUCACUCUCCUCCCUUCCCGCCGCAGCCGGCAGCAUCUCCCGCGUCCCGACGUGCGUCUCCCGGACCGGACUGCGAGAGCGAUCGUGCUCUUCCUGGCGUCCCGGUGCUUCCGCGAUCCGCUGCUGCUGCGGGGGCAAAGCUUUUCCUUGGCGUCGCGGGGAGCAGCGAGAGGAACUCGUGCACCAUGAAAACGAUGACGGGAUCAAACGAAUUCAAACUAAAUCAAACUCCGGAUGACGGUAUUUCAUCAGUAAAGUUUAGUCCAAAUACAUCUCAGUUUCUGCUUGUCUCAUCCUGGGACACAACUGUCCGCCUUUAUGAUGUUCCUGCCAACACCAUGAGACUCAAAUAUCAACAUUCAGGAGCUGUCCUUGACUGUGCUUUUUAUGAUCCUACCCAUGCAUGGAGUGGAGGAUUAGAUCAGCAAUUGAAAAUGCAUGAUCUAAACACGGACCAAGAAAACCUUGUUGGUGCUCAUGAUGCUCCUAUCAGGUGUGUUGAGUAUUGCCCAGAAGUGAACGUCAUGGUGACUGGAAGCUGGGAUCAAACCGUUAAGCUGUGGGAUCCCAGAACUCCUUGUAAUGCAGGAACCUUCUCUCAGCCUGAAAAGGUGUACACGCUUUCUGUGUCUGGAGAUAGACUAAUUGUGGGGACAGCCGGUCGGAGAGUGCUGGUGUGGGAUUUGCGGAACAUGGGUUAUGUUCAGCAGCGAAGAGAAUCAAGUCUGAAGUAUCAGACCCGCUGUAUCAGAGCAUUUCCGAACAAACAGGGUUAUGUUUUAAGUUCUAUUGAAGGUCGUGUUGCAGUGGAAUAUUUGGAUCCAAGUCCUGAAAUCCAGAAGAAGAAAUAUGCAUUCAAAUGUCACCGUUUGAAGGAAAAUAACAUCGAGCAGAUUUAUCCAGUUAAUGCUAUUUCUUUCCAUAAUGUCCAUAACACGUUUGCUACAGGAGGUUCCGAUGGAUUUGUAAAUAUUUGGGAUCCAUUUAAUAAAAAGCGGCUGUGUCAGUUCCAUCGGUAUCCCACAAGCAUAGCAUCACUUGCCUUCAGCAAUGAUGGAACUACCCUUGCAAUAGCUUCUUCGUAUAUGUAUGAAAUGGAUGACAUUGAACAUCCUGAAGAUGGUAUCUAUAUUCGCCAAGUGACAGAUGCAGAAACAAAACCUAAGUCUACUUAGAGGUCUGCUUAGACUUCUGGUGAUACUUCUUCUCUACAAGAGGUGCCCACCUGCUCCUAACAAGACUAAACUGAAACAAUAGAAGUGAGAAGAGCAAUCUUUGUACUGCAGUUGGUUUUAACUAAGAAAUACUUGUUUGUAUAUUGUAGUAUGUCUUAAUCUGUUGUUACUUUCCUGCUUAUAAUGUUAGUGAACCUUUUCUUUAUCUGCGUCUGUAGCCAAGUUAGUUCAGGCCUGUAGGCAGCUUUGCUUAUACCUUUAUAAAAACUUACACAUUUUGUAGUAUCUAAUUAUGAAAACUUCCUGUGGUCUCAGAUUUGUUCAAUAAAUAUCUGUAGUUUUUCUUGAAAACAAAUACUCUGUGUAACAACCUUUACUCUUUGUGAAACAAACAUUAAGACCAAAUCUUUAAGUUGCAAGAAUUCUUGAGUUCUAGAGCGUCCUGAUGGAAAAUUUCUGAACCUUUUGUCUUUUUCCAAUGAGGUGAACUGGGAAUUUCUUCAUUACCUGGGGACGUUGGCUCUCCAGGCAAUGUUUUCACAGGGCUGUGAAAGCCUGCAGUUGCAUUAGAUGGGCUUGUUUAUCUCAGUGACUUGAUCGUUACUGAAGAGCCAUUAAUUGUUUCUGGAGGAAAGACCUUGAAUAUGUGGUACUUUGUGGGGUUUUUUUUGGUUUUGUUUUUUUUUCCAUAUACUGCAUAAAAGCCUAAAAUUAAUGAUGCUUGGGAAGAACUGAGAGUAGAGGGGAGCAAAUUCAGCCUACAGCUGAGUGUUCUGUUCUAAGUCUGCAGAUCUGACCUGGUAGCCCAGGGAUUGUGGAGUAACACAAGUAGAAAGGUAGAGAAGAGUUUUCCUAGAGUGGAAAUGUCAUUCUGGCCACAAAACCCCAUGAAAAUCUGCUGUUUCUCUGAAUGUCUUGUUUGCCUUAUUGCCAGUUGGCAAGAAGCCCAAUCUGUAAUCAAAUUUGGUGUCAGCCACUUGAGGAUUUUGGAGCCUGAACUUGGACAAAUUAAAAAUUUCUGAGGAAAGUAGUAUUAGAAAAACAACUUGGACACCAUGCAUUUGUUUUUUCUAAACGGCAGUGUAGCUCUGAUCAAGAGACUAAACCUGCAAAUCAAUCUUCUGCUAAGAAGAAUAUAUUCAGCAUUGCACAUUCCUGGCUGGUUUGUGGAGAUAAAGAUAAAUGCUUUCUGGUUAGUACCACCAAUAAAAGCGGUCUCAUCCAAUCCUGUUUGCAGAACAGACUGUCAGACCACACUCCUAAUCAGAUGUUUGGGAUGGACUUAAUAUUUAAGUAUUCAUUUUGUAGUGAAUGGUAAGGAAGGACAGAACAAAACUCCUGUGAGGCUUACUGAUGAUGAAGGUGUGGGUAUUUUGGAGUGGUGACCGGAUUAAUACUUUAUUCCCAACUUCUGUUCUGAGUUACCAGUGCCUGUGUAGCCAGUGGGAGUACAUUACUACCUUUAAGAAAACAAACUUGCUGACAACAGAAAUAGCAACCAAUUGUGCCAAAGAAGGUGGUGAUGGAGAGGAAGCUGGGCUCUGUGUGUGCAGAAAGCUAACAAACUUGAGCUGUUACCAGGUAGAAGAUAGUAAACGAGUUGAAUGUGGAAUACUUUAUAAUUUGCUGUGAGCUAGAUAUGGAUUCUUUGACAAUAUAAACUGGUUUUGAUAGGUUUGAAAAAAUGAAAUAUGAAUAAUGCCAUCACUACAGCAGGAUCCAGGCUCUGUUCUGAUAAAUGUGUGCCAUCCCUAUUUCUUCCAAUUUUAAAUUGGCUUUUUUGCAUUGAGGAUGCAAAAAAAUUGGUGUUGGGCAAGGGCUGAAUUUUUGAUGUCAGCUUAGAAGUAAUGACCCCUUGGUGUUAGGGUUGGGUGUGGUUUUUGUUU